AUGGCCACUGACCCUCUCCUCCUCCUCCGUCAAUCACUCCAGUCAUCCUCUCCUCCUCUCCUCCUCCUCUCCGCCUCCGCCAACAACGACGAGCUCGCACCUUCACUCGCAAUAAGCACACACAUCCUCCUCCCACCUCUCACUCUACCAAAGUCAACUCCCACACGUCUCCUCCGCGCAGGCGUUCCCUCCUCUCCACCUCCAUCACCAGAACAAGAACCAGACAAGUUCUACACCCUCGACUCUGUCUACUAUGUCUACCUAGCACGUGCAGACGGGCCAGGCGACUACUUCCGUAAAGCACGCGAUGCCGCCCUCUCCUCCCCAGCCGUAUCCCUCGUAGAUCGGCGUGCCGUCCUUGCUUGGCUCACAGAUGCCACCGCCCCAGAGCCGGAGAACUUCGUACCCCUUCCCUCUCCAACAGAAAAGAAAGCGUACAUCGCACCCCCCGAAGGACCCUUCACACCCCCUGGCUCCCCCCCACCGGGGUACCUCGACAAGUUCCGCGAAUCUAAGAAACGCAGAUACGUGCCGGAUGAGGGGGAUCGAGAAUUUGUCAAGCGCUUGAAGGCAGAGGAGGUGCUGUUGAGAGAUAGAAACAGCGUCCUUCGGGGAUGGAAACUGAAUAACUACUCCGAACUACGCACUAUCAUCCAAAAACGGCUCAAAGCAUCGAAAGAUCCUCAAAAGCCUGCUGCCCGCCCAGCACCAGAAGCUAAGGCCAAAAAGUCCCGCAACCAACACCCCAUAAUAAUGAUCUCCUCCUCCCCCACCUCGCUCAUAACAAUGCACAACGUCAAGCUCUUCCUAGAGUUUGCAUCUUUCCUCCCCUCCUCCGUCGCGCGCGACCAAGCCCUCGCCGAAGGGAUCCAGAAAGCAGAGGACGUCAUCCCCGUGUACCGGAAGCGGGUCGUCACCCUCCCAAGCGGAGAGGUACAGGAGAGACUGGGAAAGUACUUUGUUGUUGAUGGAGUGGAGGCGUUGGGAAAGUUCGGGUUUGGGGGUGAUCCGUGGGACCGCGUCGUCUGCGUCCUCACCACAGGCCAAAGCUGGCAAUUUAAGCCAUACAAAUGGCCCGACCCUAAGCAGCUCUUCCACCACGUCAAGGGCGUGUACGUCCAGUGGGCUCAUGAGCCCUCGAACGCCUCCGUCAAGGACUGGAACGUCAGUGUUCUAAAAAUCGACCAGUCAAGAAGGCACGUCGACAAGUCCGUCGUGGCCCAGUUUUGGAAAGAGCUUGAUCAGUGGGUCGGGAUCCAUAAGCCUUGGCUAGCGGGGCCGACCUAGGCUUCGGACAGUAGCUGAUGGGGCCUUGUGGAUGCCACUUUGACUCAGAGAGGGGUCUGUUAUCCGAGGGGAGGCAUUUGAAGCGCUUGUGUUUUCUGUUUUAGCCUGCUUGUUUGGUCUGUCGAGUCUGUACUGUUCAGAACGCGCACGUUUUGCCUGUUCUGUUCAUCCUGCUGG